UCACUUGUCCUUAUUUGACUUGUUUCCCUCUUUGUUGAGGAACUGGUAUUGGGAUUACUGAUCUGAAAUUCUAAAAGAAAGUAACAGUGGUGAAACUAAUUCCUUGUGGUUAUUAUUGUUAUUAUUUUCAUGUAUAGGUAUUUCUAGGAAGAGAAAGAGGGAGAGACAUUCCUUUUCUUGCUGAAUCAACAAUUUCAUAACCAUGGAGGAAUCUUCAAAUGGGAAAAUUGAGGAGACCCAGAAAGUGGAGGCAGAGGAAGAAGGUAACAUAGCAGCGAUCGAAGAUGUUGAAUCUGUGAGAGAAAUUAUUGUUCAUGGGAUUUCUGAGUGUCUGACAGAAUUUUCUGAGGGAAAUGAUUUAAGUUCUGGUAAUAACAUAAGUCCAGAGGAAGAGGAAGAAGUAGUAGAGAAGAGUCCUCGAGGGAUAUUGGAAGAGGUAGAGAAAGAGGUUAAUAACUCAACAGAUGAGUCAGUCGAGCUUAAUGUUCCUUUGCCGCAAGAACUGUCUACUCCUGUAGAAUCAUCAAUUGAGGAAUCAAGGGACUCAGAUGUUGCUGAAGUAGAACCAAAAGAAACUGAAGAGAAAAUCUCCUCUUCUUCAAAUGAGAGCAAUGUAGCAGAUGGUGAAUUUAAUGGAAUAAAGGAAACAGAAAUUCCAGCUUCUGAUGAUAAAGAUAGUUUGUCUGCAAUCUUUACAUAUAUUAUGUCCAAAGAAGUUGAGGAGGAAGUGUUGCCGUCUUUGGAUGAUAAUGGCAGGGUUUCUUCAGGUUUAACAGUUGUGGUGUCAAGAGGGAUUGAAGAAGUAAACGUAUCAGCUUUGGAGGGGAAUAAUGGAGAGCCCUAUAGCAUUGUUGAUAAGGAAUCUGCAGAAAAUGAUUCGUUGAAUCCAUCAACAAAUGCUACUAUUGUCUCAAGCAGUGAUGCUUUUCCUGAGAGCACAGGAAAUCCUCAAGUCAUAUCUCUAGGUCAGCGCACAGUGCAACCUACGUCCUGGAAGAGUUGCUGUGGCCUUUUUGAAGUUCUCCGACGCUCAGAUAGGUAACACAAGGUGUCUUGUGACGUUCAAAAUGUUACUGAGCUACUGUGAAGCUAGCAAAGUGUUCAAUUUUCCCUGUAUUACAAGGUAGAAGAAGAAGAAGAUUAUCUGCGUGGUGUGUUUUUUGUGGUCUCUUGUUGGAUUGUUUGCUUCCACUGAACUUUUUUUUUUUUCGGUUGACUGCGUUUAGCGGAUGCUUACUUGUAUUAAAACGACCAAAAUCAAGAAAAAUUACUUUCUUUAUGUAUAUAUUUAAUACUAUUAUUUAUUCGAUUAAAACGAGUAUGAUUACAUCUUAAAA